AUGCCCGAGAAGGUCCGUACCGUCUUCGCUGACUCCGAUGACGAAAAGGUCGUGCCCAAAAAGACCACUCACCCGCCCACCGAAGAACCGGCGCGAAAGAAAAAGGGGAACAAGAAGCGGAAGCGCGACGAGUGCGAAGCGAACGGCGCUGGUCAAGAGAAACCAAGUGAACCCCCUGUGCCCGUGCAGGUAGAAAAGGCCGAUCCUACACCGGAAAAACUAGAAGAGGCACCCCGAACAAAUGGUGCACCAUCGAAACCAAAGCCGAAACACAAGUCCAAAUCCCUCACCGACACAAAAACCAACUUCACCUCUCUACGAGAGAAGGCCAAGGCCCUCCUCGAGACCCGGCGCAAGCUACCUAUCUUUGCAAAUGCAGAUGAGAUCCGCAAAUACCUACGCGAACAAGAUGUGAUGCUGCUGAUUGGUGAAACGGGUAGCGGAAAGAGUACCCAGAUCCCGCAGUUCCUGGUGGACGAAUUCUGGUGCCGGCCUGUGCCAACGCAAAUCACACACAACGGAAAGACAGGGAAGAAGCACAUUGGAGGGUGUAUUGCUAUCACACAGCCGCGUCGAGUCGCUGCAAUCUCGCUGGCCCGUCGUGUAGCUGAGGAAAUGGGCACACCACUUGGAAAUCACUCCCCUGCUAGUAAGGUCGGCUACUCCGUGCGAUUCGAUACAUCGACAUCGCCUAGUACUCGGGUGAAGUUCCUGACGGAGGGAAUGUUGCUCCAGGAGAUGCUUCAUGAUCCGUUUUUGACGCGGUACAGUGCUAUCGUUGUUGAUGAGGUCCACGAACGGGGUAUCAACGUAGAUUUGGUGCUUGGAUUCUUGCGCAAUCUUGUCGCUAGCAAAUUUGAGGGCCGUGGUGGUGUUCCGCUCAAGGUGGUAGUUAUGAGUGCCACGGCAGAUAUGGAGAGUCUGACUGGCUUCUUCCAGGAAGGGUAUAAACUCCCAGGGCCAGCACCAAAGUCCAUCGAGAACGGAGUGGAUGCCGAUAAAAUGGAUACUUCUGAUUCAAAGGAGAUUGCCGCCUGCCAUAUCAAGGGUCGGCAAUUCCCCGUCAAGACAAUCUACUCUCCCCAGCCAGUGCAUGAUUUCGUGGAUGCGGCUCUCAAGGUCAUUUUCCAGAUCCAUUGCAAGGAGCCGAUGCCUGGUGAUAUCCUGGUUUUCCUGACUGGUCAGGAGACCGUGGAGGCCUUGGAGCAUUUGGUGAACGAGUAUGCCAUGGGUAUGGACCCGACGCUUCCCAAGAUUCAAGUUUUACCUCUGUUCGCCGCGUUGCCACAGGCCGCUCAGCAGCGAGUGUUUAUGCCAGCUCCACCACGAACACGGAAGGUGGUGUUGUCCACCAACAUUGCUGAGACUUCAGUCACUGUCUCUGGUGUGCGGUAUGUGGUUGACUGCGGCAAGGCCAAGGUCAAACAGUUCCGCACCCGACUUGGCCUUGACUCCCUUCUUGUGAAGCCCAUCUCCAAGUCAGCCGCCAUCCAGCGAAAGGGUCGUGCCGGUCGUGAAGCUCCUGGACAAUGCUUCCGGCUGUACACUGAGAAAGACUAUCUCGCUUUGGACGAGACGAACACUCCCGAGAUCCUACGAUGUGAUCUGAGCCAAGCGCUGCUGAACAUGAAGGCGCGUGGUGUUGAUGACAUUGUUGGAUUCCCAUUCCUCACCCGGCCACCUCGUGAAGCCCUCGAGAAGGCCCUUCUUCAGCUACUCAGCAUCGACGCCCUGGAGGAGACAGGAAAGAUCAGUGAUGUCGGUCAACACAUUGCUAAGUUGCCCUUGACACCAACACUGGGACGUGUCCUAUUAGCAGCUGCCGAGAACGGACCAGAAUGUUUGAUCGAUGUCAUUGAUAUUAUCUCCUGUCUUAGUGUGGAGAACAUCUUCCUCAACACAACCUCCGAGGAGAAAAAGGAGGCCGCAGAAGCAGCACGCCGCGAUCUAUACCGCCGCGAGGGUGACCACCUAACAAUGCUGGCGACUGUGCGUGUCUAUGCCGCCGAGCACUCUGACCGCAAGGCCUGGGCAGAGCGACACCUAGUUUCGCACCGAGCCAUGCAAUCCGUUAUGGACGUCCGCAAACAACUCCGAAUGCAAUGUCGCCAGGCAAAGCUCCUCACCAGCGAACUCUCAAACUCCGUUUCUUCACACGACCCCUCCCCAAUUCGCAUCCUCCAAAGUUUCCUCGCAGGCUUUGCAACCAAUACCGCCCGCCUCGUUCCCGACGGUAGCUACCGCACUAUCGUCGGAAACCAGACUGUUGCUAUUCACCCAUCGAGCGUGCUUUUCGGCAAGAAGGUCGAGGCCAUCAUGUACAAUGAGUUCGUGUUCACCAACCGCAGUUAUGCUCGUGGUGUCAGUGCUGUUCAGAUGGAUUGGAUUGGCGAGGCUUUGGCUGGAAAGGAAUGA